AUGGCCACGAAUCGCGAAGAUGCAAGCGUCCAGAAGAACGCGACCAUCUUCAAGGGAGAUCCAGAACAGGAGUCAUCGAAGGACGCGCAAGUCUUGAUCCCGCAGGAAAACUUGGGCUACAAACCAGUCCUGCACAGAACCUUCAACACGUUCCACAAUUUCGCGACAACAUUUGCUGCGCUAUAUUUCAUUGGCGGUGUUCGCGUGACAUUUUCCACUGGCAUUGCUGCCGGCGGAAAUCUUGCUUAUUGGACGAGUUUCCUCGUAACUUGUGUCUUCACCUUUAUUACAGCAGCCGUCAUUGCGGAGAUUUGCUCCUCACUCCCUCUCGCCGGGUCGAUUUAUCUGUGGGCGGCUGAAGCUGGAGGACCUCGGUUUGGCCGGCUCUUUGGGUUCAUCGUUGCAUGGUGGAGCACGACAGCAUGGACAACUUUCUGUGCGAGCAACACGCAGUCCGCCGUGAACUAUAUAUUGUCGGAAAUUGUUGUGUUCAAUCUCGAUUUUCCAUCUGAUACCUCAAGUAUCAAGUUUAGAGCUGUCCAAUGGAUUACGACGGAAGUCAUGUUGGCAUUGGCAGCCAUCUGGAACCUAUUGCCACCACGUUACUUCAAGUGGAUAUUCUACCUAUCAACAGCUUCCGUCCUCCUAGACUUCGUCUUGAACAUGAUCUGGCUGCCUGUUGCGACGAGCAGCAGCAUUUAUGGCUUCCGAUCCGCCCACGAUGCAUUCAUGACAACCUACAACGGGACAGGUGCCCCGGUAGGAUGGAACUGGUGUCUGUCGUACCUUGCUACGGCCGGAAUCCUCAUCGGAUUCGACGCUUCGGGCCAUGUCGCUGAGGAGACGAAGAACGCAAGCAUCGCAGCAGCCCGCGGGAUCUUCUGGAGCACAGUGACCAGCGGGAUCGGAGGUUUCAUCGUUGUCAUUCUGUUCUUAUUCUGCGUCCCUGACGCAGACACGCUCUUCUCCUUUGGUGGCGCACAGCCCUUCGUACCUCUGUAUGCAGUCAUCCUGGGCCAGGGUGGACACAUCUUCAUGAACAUUGUCUGCACAGUUGCGUUAUGGUUUAACACCGCCAUUGCCAUUCUUGCAGCAUCUCGCUUGGUGUUUGCAGUAGCUCGCGACGGCGUUUUGCCCUGGUCACCCUGGGUCGCCCAGGUUGUCGAUGGGCAGCCUCGGAAUGCUGUCUUAGUCGUCUGGGGAGUGUCCUCACUAAUCACCUGCACGAUCCUCCCAUCAUCAGUGGCCUUCACCUCACUCGUCUCGGCGGCAGGUGUCCCCUCAGCCGCAGCCUACGGGUUGAUAUGCCUUGGUCGGCUCUUCUUGACGCCCAAGCAAUUCCCCAAACCCGCCUGGAGCCUGGGCCGUCUGAGCAAGCCAUUUCAGGCUAUUGCUGUCCUGUGGAACGGAUGGGUUGUGGCUGUGCUUUUCUCGCCUUACGUCUUCCCAGUUGAGGCUGCCACACUCAACUAUGCCCCUGUUAUCAUGGGUAUCGUUACCAUUUUUGCCAUUGUAUCUUGGUGGCUUAUACCGGCUGAACGCUGGCUGCCAUCUCAGCGAAUCCAAGAGACGCUACUUGCAGGGGAACAGCCGACCGAGGAUUGA